AUGCAUUUUUCAGAUUAAGCUCUCAUACUACAUUCAUCAUUUUUCUCAAUUAAUUUGUCAUUUCAUAGUUAUGGCUUCAUCUUUAACCUUCAAAGUUAAUAGACAAAGCCCAGAACUCGUACGUCCAGAAAAACACACACCCCCUGAAUGCAAACUCCUCUCUGAUGUUGACGAUCAAGAGGGUCUUCGUUUUCAAAUUCCCGUUAUACAGUUCUAUCGCCAUGAUCCCUCAUUAGUGGCUGCAGGGAAAGACCCUGUAAAUGUCAUUAGAGAGGCUCUGGCGAAAACUCUUGUGUUUUACUACCCGUUUGCUGGCCGGCUCCGGGAAGGUCCCUGCCGGAAGCUCAUGGUGGACUGCACCGGCGAGGGGGUAAUGUUCAUUGGAGCUGAUGCUGAUGUAAGUCUCCGGGAUUUUGGGGACGCUCUUCAGCCUCCGUUUCCUUGUUUAGAGGAGCUUCUUUAUGAUGUUCCCGGCCCCGGUGGCGUUCUUAACUGCCCGUUGCUGCUUAUUCAGGUAACUCGUCUCAAAUGUGGUGGUUUUAUCUUUGCCUUACGCCUCAAUCACACCAUGUGCGAUGCAGGCGGACUGGUCCAAUUCAUGGUGGCUGUGGGUGAAAUUGCCAGAGGCGCAACAGCCCCUUCCGUGUUACCCGUGUGGCAAAGAGAAUUACUCGAUGCCCGACAACCACCACGUGUAACGUAUAAGCAUCACGAGUAUGACCAAGUACCUGACACUAAAGGAACCAUAAUCCCACUCGAUGACAUGGUCCACAAAUCGUUCUUUUUCGGUUCCAAGGAAGUCAACAACCUUCGCAAGCUCGUCCCUCCCCAACUCCGGAAUUGCUCCUCAUUCGAGUUAUUGACGGCCUGCCUAUGGCGCUGUCGCACAAUAGCCAUUUCCCCCGACCCCGAAGAGGAAGUCCGCAUACUUUGCAUAGUGAAUGCGCGUAACAGAUUCAAUCCUCCCCUUCCUAACGGAUACUACGGCAAUGCAUUUGCAUUCCCUGUGGCAAUAUCGACGGCUGAGAAUCUAUGCAAGAAACCAUUAGGAUAUGCACUUGAACUUGUAAUGAAAACCAAAGCCGAUGUCACAGAGGAAUACAUGAAAUCGCUGGCAGAUCUUAUGGUUAUUAGAGGGCGACCGCAUUUCACUGUGGUGAGGACUUAUCUCGUAUCAGAUGUGACACGGGCUGGGUUCGGGGAUGUCGACUUUGGAUGGGGUAAAGCAUUCUAUGGAGGACCAGCCAAAGGUGGGGUGGGUGCCAUUCCUGGUGUAGCAAGUUUCUACAUACCUUUUAGAAAUGAAAAGGGUGAGGAUGGAAUAGUGGUGCCGAUUUGUUUACCUGCCCUUGCCAUGGAACAAUUUGUAAAAGAACUUGAAUCCAUGAUCACUGAUCAAACCUCUGUCUUCAUCACAUCGGCACUGUAAAUCAAUCAAGACCGUUCGAGGUACUCGGGACAUCAAAUCUAGUAAUAUAUAUGCUAUUUGUACUUCAACUACAUAUUGUUUGUGUGUGUGUAAAUUGCAAUAAACUUUGGGCUUGUUUAGCAAUCUCAAUUUUGGGUUUAGUGUAAUCAAAUGGUGAAUUUGAAAUACUAUUUUUGUCAUUCUAUCCU